UGGAACGAAGAUUUGAUCUUAUCUACCAAAGAUGUUAAGUGGAUAAAGAAAAGAAGAAGAAGGCGUCGUCGACGUACAUUUUCCACAUCUUGACACAACGUGUCGUAUCGUUGCCAUGCAAUGAUGCCACACUACCACUUGAUCUUCGUGUCUUGUCUCUCUUCGUUUCAUCACCGUUUUUUUUUUCUAAAAUCCAAUGGAGUUGUAUUUAUAUAACGCUGAUCAAAGAGAACGUCCAAUGAGAGCCAAAUCAUUUAUGUUUUGAUCGACAACAAUGGAAUUGAUAAACGAUUUCCUCAACCUAACUGCGCCUUUCUUCACCUUCUUUGGCCUCUGCUUUUUCUUGCCUCCUUUUUAUUUCUUCAAGUUCUUGCAGUCUAUUUUCUCGACCAUUUUCUUGGAAAAUCUUUAUGGGAAAGUGGUUCUCAUCACUGGCGCGUCCUCCGGUAUCGGCGAGCAAUUGGCAUAUGAGUACGCAUGUAGAGGUGCAUGCUUGGCCCUGACCGCUCGAAGGAAGAACCGUCUAGAGGAAGUGGCAGAGAUUGCUCGUGAACUCGGAUCUCCCAAUGUUGUCACCGUUCAUGCUGAUGUCUCCAAACCUGAUGACUGUAGACGAAUCGUUGAUGACACCAUCACCCAUUUUGGCAGAUUGGAUCAUCUUGUAAAUAAUGCUGGGAUGACGCAGAUUUCAAUGUUUGAGAACAUUGAAGAUAUAACAAGGACAAAAGCAGUUUUGGAUACUAACUUCUGGGGAUCGGUUUACACAACUCGUGCUGCGCUUCCUUACCUUAGACAAAGCAAUGGUAAGAUUGUGGCUAUGUCGUCCUCUGCAGCGUGGCUAACCGCUCCAAGGAUGAGCUUUUACAAUGCAAGCAAAGCAGCUUUGUUGAGCUUCUUUGAGACGAUGAGAAUUGAGCUUGGUGGCGAUGUACACAUUACGAUUGUCACACCUGGUUAUAUAGAAUCCGAACUCACACAAGGCAAGUACUUCUCUGGUGAAGGCGAGUUAAUAGUCAACCAAGACAUGAGAGAUGUUCAAAUAGGACCAUUUCCGGUAUCAUCGGCAUCAGGAUGUGCCAAGGCGAUAGUGAACGGUGUGUGCCGGAAACAAAGAUACGUGACAGUACCAUCGUGGUUUAAGGUGACAUACCUUUGGAAAGUGCUAUGUCCUGAGUUGAUUGAGUGGGGUUGUCGGUUACUGUACAUGACUGGAACUGGUAUGUCCGAGGAAAGUGCACUCAACAAGAGGAUCAUGGACAUUCCUGGUGUACGUAGUGCUCUAUACCCGGAAUCUAUCCGAAGGCCAGAAAUCAAGUCGGAUUAGAGAGAUGUUGAUGCAUAAUAAAUAGAUGAGGUGUAUCUUGGACUAUGUCCAAUAAUAAAAGAAAUGUUUCAAAAUGUAGGUUUGUUUUUGUGUAUGGUACUUUUGACUUGUGUAUAUUAAAAUGUGUCUAAGAAUAAGGGAGUUGCCUAAUAGUGAUACUAAACAUGUGUGUCGUUGUAGAAGAGAACCGAACCGUACUGAAAUGUUUUCAACUGACUUCGAACAUUUUGAGUUUUGCAAAAA